AUGAACAACCUAGUGUCGGAAACGAAAAAAAGAAACGGAACAGAAGAAUUAUCCGAGUCACAAACAGGAAUACAUGGAGGAAACAAAAACGGAGGUUCAAAAAAAAUCAGAGGGAAGAUGGGCGUUGCCAUGGGUAGUUCCAUGGCACCGACAUACGCCUCUUUGUUCAUGGGAAAAGUUGAAGAGGACUUCAUGCAAUCUGUACCAAUUAAACCAGAGUAUCUUUCAGUUUCUACUGAUGUCGUACCUCGUCAAGUCAUGGAUGUAGUUUUUGGCUGGGUAUUUGUUUUCACAUUUCUUUCAAAAAUAAUUCUCGUUACAUCCGAUUUCGACAUAAAGUUUGGACAUUUACUUGUGCUUCGUGAACACGAUCAGAUACAGCAAUGUGCGGAAUGUAUUCUUGAACAGGAUAAGUAUGUUGGGGCACGUGUAUCUGAUGAGACCGGUGAAUGCGAGGGACUGUCUCAUUCGUGGGGGAAGAACCAAGCCAUAGAAAGUGGAUAUGGAUAUGCGAAGAUUAUAUAUGUGCAAGAAACAUUUGAGCCACCGAUUGAGGUAGACCACAUAGCUUGGAAUAUCCCUGGUGUUCUGGAUGGAGGAGCAAAAAUAGAUUUACAUUACAAUUGGCCAUCAACCGUUUGGGGAGAUUCUUUAUUUGACGUCAAUGGCUAUGACAUCAUCCUGACAGAAGGGUUGUCGGGCGUCAGUGAUCACAGGUUUCAGAUGAGCAUCCAUGAAAUGGGACACAGUCGUCUUAUUUUUGAAGAAAGGAAUGGCCACGCAAGUAUUGCCGAAAUGCACUAUUACUCUUUCUCAGAAGGGGACUUCAGUGUGUCAAAAGAACAUAGGAUUUCGUUUAUAGCCAACGAAAACGUCCUUCGGGUUCUUGCUGAUGACGAGAUCAUAAUGAGGAGGACAUUGCGUAUCGUUCGUUUGAAUGAUUUCAGACAGGUCCCCAAGAUACCUUCGGUGCGAAUACAAUUACCAUCAGGUAUUGAAAUACUAGACCGAUGCAUGAGAGAGCAUAAGUGCGAAUAUGAAGCAUAA